AUAGACAUGAAAAAAACUGAAAAAGAAUGUGUUUUUGGAAAAUACCUACACCCUAAAAACAAACUUUGGAUUUACAAUCUCAGGUUUAUGGAAAGCCAUCUUCAUCCCUGGCUUUCCACCAAGGGGAAAAAAAUCAUUAAACCCAGAGUAGAAGAAUAAAGAUGAGGCUGCGUGUUGAAUUGAAGCCAUUUUUUCUUAUACCACCUUUCUUCCUCAUUUUAUCAACCUUCUUUUCAUCUUCGCUUGGACAGAAUGUAAAUGGUAAUUUGCCAGUGCCUUUAGACGCCGGUAAUUUGCCGGUGCCAGUUAAUGGUAAUAUACCAACGGCAGUCAAGGAUGGUAACGUGCCAAUUCCAGGCAUGGAUGGUAACAUGCCAAUGCCAGGCAAGGAUGGUAAUAUGCCAAUGCCAGGCAUGGCUGGUAAUUUGCCAAUGCCAGGCAUGGCUGGUAAUUUGCCAAUGCCAAUGCCAGGCAUGGAUGGUAAAUUGCCUGGCAUGAAAGUGCCAUUCGAUGAUAAAUUUUCAGGAAUGGUGGGUUCGGUGAGGGAUAAAAUGGAAAAGGCUAAAUCAGGGAAUGGAACUUACAUAGUAUUAGCCGAGAAACAAACACGCAGGAGAGACCCUCUAGACCGUUUACAUUAUUAUACAGGUGGAUGGAACAUUACUAACAAACAUUACUAUGCUUCCGUUGCUUUUAGUUCUUUUCCUUUCUUAGCCAUUGCUUUGGUCUGGUUCGCGCUGCUUGGUGUGCUUAUAGUAUGUGCUUGCUGCUGCUGCAGCAAACACAACAACAUGUCCUAUGCUUAUCCUCCACUUGCUUAUAUACUUAUUCUAAUCUUUCUCAUACUUUUCACCACCACAGCAAUUGUUGGAUGUGGUAUAAUGUAUGAUGGAGAAGCAAGGUUCCUGGAAACCGUAUAUGAAGCAGCAAAAUACAUAGUGAAUCAAGCGAAGAAAGUCUCCAAUGGUCUUACAAACGUCUACCUUUAUCUUUAUUCAGCCAAGAGUGUUUCUUUGAACCAACAAUUUCUACCACCUGAAAUCAUAACCCAGAUCGAUACGGUCACCUCUCAAUUGAAUGCCUCAAAGGACUUGCCUUAUAAUACAUCCGCAAAUAUUUUGGAUUCCUUGCCCAAAGUUCUCACCCCUGUGAACCUGACUUUGAUCUUAAUCACAGCUACCAUGCUUCUAGUGGCAUUUAUUGGAUUCUUGUUUUCGCUUUUUGGCUUGCAAACUUUGGUGUACAUAUUCGUGGUGAUUGGAUGGAUCAUUGCAUCUCUGGCAUUUGUCUUGUGUGGUGCAUUUCUAGCUUUCCACAACUUAAUGGCAGAUACAUGCAUUGCAGUGGACGAAUGGGUUCAAAACCCCAUGGCUGGUUCAGCCAUUAAGUCACUUCUUCCUUGUGUGGAUAGUGAAUUUGGCAAAAAUGUGACGGAUGCAAGCAAAUUAGUCACCAAUGGUAUUGAUACUCUGCUGAACCAUCAUGUUUCUCUUAUAGCCAAUGCCAACAACCUCCCUCCAGAUGCAAAACCUCUUUACUACAAUCAAUCUGGUCCAUUAGUACCAAUCAUUUGUGACCCAUACAUGGUGGAACAGACUAAACAAUGUGGUGAGGGUGCAGUACCCUUGGGAAAUGCAAUACAGGAAUGGAACAAAUAUGUAUGUCAAGUAUCUGGAGCUGGCAUUUGCAGCACAACAGGACGGUUGACCCCUGACUUGUACAAGCAGAUGAGUGCAGCUGUUAAUGUGAGCUAUGCAUUGUACAGUUAUGGUCCCUUCCUUGCGAGCCUAGUAGAUUGCUCCAUGAUCCGAGACACUCUUAAGGACAUGCACCAGCAUCAUUGUCCAGGGCUAAGGAAACAAAGCCAACGGGUUUAUAUCGGCUUGCUGGUUGCAACGGUUUCGGUGAUGUUCUGUUUGUUCUUCUGGGUGUUUUACGGUAGAGAAAGACGACAUCGAAAGCAUAACAAGACGACAUCGAAAGUUGAAACUCCUCCUGUUAAAGAAUAGGGAUUUCAGUUGCUGGAGUCGUGUUUGUAGAGUUAAACGAUUGCUGUCGUGGACACUUGCGAUGAAUGCCGAAAACUUGUGUAUAGUUACAUAUACACAAAUGUGUAAAUGUGUUUGAUUAAGGAGGGCAUCAUAGCUGAAAACUUGUGUAAAUGUAACUAUAUAAAAAAAGAUGUGCAUACUGUUUGCUAUAUGGAGAAAUGGGCAUGAAUACGUAUCUAUAAAUAUAUGCCAUCAUUUUUGCAACUCUUCCAAA